AUGGCAGUCACGAAGCGACUUGUCCAGCGGGCAGCCGCGCAAUGUCGAGUUCCAGCAUGCAGAGUUGCUGGAGUAAGGUCAUACGCCACCAAAGACCAAGACCCAAACGGCAGGGACUCGUUCAAAGGGCAGUUAUACCAGAGUACCCAUGAGCGAUUAGAAAGGGAACGCGAACAGCAGGCUCGCUUUACACAGCAGCGGGAGGAGCAGAAACAAGCACGCGGUAGCUCGCCUCUCAUCAUACCUUUCGUCCUCGCCGUCGGUGCUAUUGGAGGAUGGUUUCUGGGACAGACGAAACCGCCCGAGAAAGACCCCAACUCGACUCUGCCACUUGCGAGAACGACACCUCCGAAGCACGAUACUGCACCUGCCACGUUACAGGCAGCAUGGAGCGACUUCAAGGACAUAGUGGGAGAGGAGAACAUUUCGACGACGGAUGCGGACGUCAAGUCGCACGCUGGUAGCGAAUGGAGCUCGUACACAAUCCUGGACGGCGACGUACCAUUCGCAGUCGUCAAGCCAGGUAGUACAGAAGAGACAGCAGAGAUCAUGAAGAUCUGCCACAAGAGGAAGAUCCCAGUCACAGCAUACAGCGGAGGAACAUCACUCGAAGGGCACUUCGCCGCAACCAGAGGAGGCAUUUGCAUCGACUUCAGCCGCAUGGACAAGAUUCUCACACUGCACAAGGAAGAUUUGGAUGUUGUGGUGCAGCCUGCUGUAGGAUGGGAGCUGCUCAACGAGGAGCUCGCUGAAGAGGGCCUGUUCUUCCCUCCUGAUCCAGGUCCAGGUGCUAUGAUUGGUGGUAUGGUUGGUACUGGAUGCUCUGGCACAAACGCUUACAGAUAUGGCACUAUGAAGGACUGGGUGCUGUCUUUGACUGUGGUUAUGGCUGAUGGCACUAUCAUCAAGACGAAGCAACGACCGCGGAAGAGCAGUGCCGGCUAUGAUCUGACCCGCAUGUUCAUUGGAUCGGAGGGCACGCUUGGUCUGGUCACUGAAGCUACACUGAAGGUCACGCCCAAGCCUCAAACCACGAACGUCGCAGUAUGCACUUUCCCCUCGAUCAGGACUGCGGCGGACUGCGUCUUCAAGGUCGUCGGAGCUGGCGUUCCAAUCGCUGCUAUUGAGAUCCUGGACGAUGUACAAAUGCGCUGCAUCAACGCAGUAGGCUCAACAUCUCGCCAGUGGCAGGAGGUCCCAACGCUCUUCUUCAAGUUCGCCGGCACGCCGAACAGCGUCAAGGAGCAUAUCGACAUUGUCAAAGGGCUCGCCAAGAAAUCCGGCAGCAAGACCUUCAAAUUCGCAAAGAACAAGGAAGAGCAAGAUGAGCUGUGGUCAGCUCGUAAAGAAGCCCUGUGGAGCGUCAUGACUCAGAGGAAGAACGAAGGCGACCACGUCUGGACAACUGAUGUUGCAGUUCCGAUCUCCCGCCUUCCCGACAUCAUCGAGGAGACCAAGACGGACCUCGACAACAGCGGCCUCACCGGCGCGAUCGUGGGCCACGUCGGCGAUGGCAAUUUCCACGCCAUCAUCCUAUACAACGACAAGGAGCAUUCAGUCGCCGAUAAGGUGGUGCAUAAGAUGGUGAAGCGCGCUAUCGAAAUGGAAGGCACAGCGACAGGUGAACAUGGCGUUGGUCUGGUGAAGAGAGACUAUCUCCCUCACGAGAUUGGACAGCCUGCAGUAGACCUCAUGCGCAAGAUGAAACAAGCUUUCGACCCAUUAUGUCUGCUGAAUUGCGACAAGAUUGUCCGUGCAGUGGUGCCCAAGCCGGGUGAAGUACAAGAAUGGUAA